AAAAACAAGCAAAGCGUUGUUCAAAAACAGAAGCAAAAAAUAUUUUCAAAACAGAAGAUUUAAAAUAUUAAAAUAAAAAUAAAAAUUUUUAUAUUUGAGAAAUGGAGACAUUGAAAAUAACACCCAACAAAAGGCUUCCCCACGCCAUCUUCUCCCACAAGAGAAUGAACGCGUCGCUGUUCCUCUACAACCGAACACCCCCCAUCCCCUCUUAACCUACGCACCCCUCCUGCUCUUAUCCUACGCGUCAAGCUAGGGUUUUUUCUCAACCCCCACCAAAACUAUAUAUCUUCUGGGUGUGGAGUGCUUCGGUGUUUUUAGGGUUAGGGUUUCUGAGAGAUGUGGGAUGCUCGGUGCUUUGAUGAAUCUCCUCUCUCUCUGUUUGAAGCCAUUUGGCCGUGAUUCAGGGAAUGUCGAGCUUGGGAGUGAAGGAAGAGAGGGUUUGCUUUGGUUUCGGGAUAUUGGGCAUUAUGCGUCCGGCGACUUCUCGAUGGCCGUGGUUCAGGCCAAUCAGGUGCUGGAGGACCAGAGCCAGAUCGAGUCGGGGCCAUUUGGGACCUUCGUGGGGGUUUACGACGGUCACGGAGGGCCCGAAGCGGCUCGCUACGUGUGCGAUCACCUUUUUCGGAAUUUCCAAGCAAUAUCAGCUGAGUCCGAGGGUGUUGUGACCACGGAGACAAUCAGAAGGGCUUUUCUCCAAACAGAGGAAGGGUUUACAGCUCUUGUGUCCCAGUUAUGGAUUAGUCAACCCAAUCUGGCGUCAGUUGGCUCAUGCUGUCUAGUGGGAGUUAUAUACGAGCAGACCCUUUUCAUUGCAAACCUGGGAGAUUCGCGGGUUGUGUUGGGCAAGAAAGUAGGCAACACUGGUGUUGUUGCUGCCAUACAGCUCUCGACUGAACACAAUGCUAACGUUGAGGCUGUCAGGCAAGAGCUCAAAGACUUGCACCCCAAUGAUCCCCAAAUUGUUGUCCUCAAGCAUGGUGUUUGGAGAGUAAAGGGCAUUAUUCAGGUUUCUAGAUCUAUAGGCGACGUAUAUAUGAAACAUGCGCAGUUUAACAGAGAACCACUUAAUGCGAAAUUCAGACUUCCUGAACCAAUGAACAUGCCUAUCUUGACUGCCAAUCCAUCUAUUAUUUCUCAUACUCUCCACCCAAAUGAUUCUUUCCUUAUAUUUGCAUCUGAUGGUCUAUGGGAACACUUGAGUAAUGAAAAAGCUGUGGAUAUCGUCCAUAGUCAUCCACGUGCAGGAAGUGCCAAACGACUUGUAAAGGCAGCCCUCCAAGAAGCAGCAAGAAAACGAGAAAUGCGGUACUCAGAUCUGCGAAGGAUUGACAAGAAGGUCAGACGACAUUUUCAUGACGACAUAACUGUUAUUGUUUUGUUCUUAAACCACGACCUAAUAUCCAGAGGCAUGGUGCAAGACCCUCCACUUUCAGUUCGUAGUGCACUGGAACACUGAUGAUUUAUGGAACUAAAAAAGCCCAUUUCUCCUUCCCCUGAUUUCGGCAAUUGCCCUAAUAUUCCUCAUGAUGCAUAUGGUUAGAGAGAGCAACAACAAUUGGCAAAGCAAGCAGUUGAGCUACUCGGAUACUAAUAGAGAGGUCCCCCCAUUUAUUUGAAGAGGCUUGAAAUUUGUAAAAUGUUGUUAGAAGAUCUAAGCUCCCUUGUAAUACCCUCAUAUAAUCUACUUGUAUGCAUGUUGUAUUUUUUUC